GUAUUGGCAAUUCAGUUGAGUAGGUAUUCAGUCGACUCGAGGUUUCCACAAAAAAUUACAUACCUAGGUACCUGCUGAAGCUUAUGGUGUAUUGUUACUAACACUGAUGAUUCUUUCAUCGCUUAAAAACUGACGUGUGUUAGUAAUUUGGUAUUGGUUUUAAACAUAAAUUUCUGUAACAUGAAAUAAAACGUUAACUUGGACAGUUAGACUUAUCCUUAAAUUGAUCAACAGGUAACCAAAUUUUUAAAAAAUGUACAAAUCAACCAAGUUAUUCAUAUUGUUUCUAUUCGUAUCGCCAAUCCGGUUCUCAUUCCAACAACCAAGUCCUUUGGGACAAAACCAUCAAGCCGAACAUGAAGAAGAGAAAAACGUAUUCCUAGACGCAGCCCAAGAUAUGCUCGGAAGUCUGAUGGAAAAAAAUCCCGAUUUGAGUAAAAACGCCGCUAUGGGGGCUCUCAGUGGGAUUUUCCAAACGAUGAAGGGCGGUCAAGCAAUCGGCGAUUUGUUAUCAGGUAUGAAUAUACCUGGCGGCAGUGGCGGCGGCAGCAAUGUAGCCAGCAAUAUACUCAGUGGUAUAGCUGGUAUGUUGGAAAAAAAUCCCCAAGGAUUUGAUCCAAAAAUCCUGGGCCAAGUUGCCGGAGUGUUCUCUUCGUUGGCUGAAAGUAAAAACGAAGCACCAGGAACUCAAAGCAGCCCUGACUGGGGAUCAAUAUUAGGCUUAGCUGGUAAUUUAAUAUCAUCCAUGAGUGAUAAAAACUCAGAGGGUGGUGGUGGUGGAUUAGAAGGGUUAUUGAACCUGUUACCCAUGCUGACUGGUAAUGUACCAAGUGGACACGUACAUUUCGCUGAUAACGAACUGGAAGAUGAAUCGGAGCAUAAUAGGUAUCAAAAAGAAUCGUAUACGCCGCCUUUUAUGCAUAUUUUUUACGAAUAUUGGGAACAUUUCAAACAAUCGGAAUUUGGUGAAACUGUAUGGAAGAAGAGUGGUCUAGAAGCCAUAUUCCAGCUGUUUAUCGAUAAAGAUGGGUAUUUCCAAGUUGAUAGGAUAUUCGAGUCGAUGGAAAAUGCUUCGUUUAGACGGAAAUGGAUUAAAAGUCUGUCCAGUUUUGUUGGAGAAUGGAUAAGGCAUUUGUCUGAUCCCAGUACUCAAGCUAGGUACAUCGCUAACAUAAAAUACUUUGGAAACAGCUUCCUAAAAGCUCAAGGUUACUCAAAAUCAGUAUACUUUGAUCCUACUAAACCAACUGAUUCUGCAAUCUCAAUAAUUGAUGCCAUAACAAAGAAACAUUUCGCUUUGAAAAUAAAUUCAGGAAAAUACAUCAAACCAGCUGUAAUAUAUUUACAAGAAGUAUUCAAAAUAGGCGAAGGAAAGAAUCUACUCAGUAUGACACAACUAAGUUCAAAAGAAAUUAGUGAUAAAUUAGCAGACGUGUUGAAUGGUGAAUUAAUAGAACCAGUUCUCAGGGUAUGGCGAGCAUACAAAUUUAGUAUCCUGAAUCCUCAUUGUGAUAGACAAUUAUUAUGCUAUUUAAAUAAAAAAGAUAACAGUUCACCAGCUCGAAUAGGCCUUAAACCUGGAGUAAUGAAAUUAUCUAGUUUAUCCGCUGCGUGGUACUUAUCAGGCAGGACAGGAACGCCAUUCUGGAAAUUAUAUAAUGCUGUUACUGAAGAUAUGGUUUGUGAAGUACAUUACCCAGGUGAUUGUCACAAAUUCUACGCAGCAGACCAUGCAUUUACAACCGAAAGUAAUAAUCUUCAUGGCGAGGAAUUAUAAGAUCUUUCUAUGCAUCUAUCAAAACCAUUUCAACAUUACCAAAUAAUUUUAAGCAUAAUUACUCGUAUGUAAUUUUAUUACUUAUUGAAACGUUGAAGUUUUUUUUUUUUUUUUUUUUUAUAUACCCGUAGUUACAAUACAAAAUACUACAUGAGAUUUUACAAUUUACACCAUACCAUCAAAAAAUAUACCUAUGGACAAAGGUUAUUUUUCAAAAAAAAAAAAAAAGCUUCACCUUCGAUUUUGUUUUGAAUAAAACACCAGUACAAA